AUGAGUCACCACACGCUACCAGCAACAACAGCAGCCAUUCAAUCAUGGAACAGCAGCUGUAGCAGCAACGGCAGCAGCAAAAGUAGUGUACCACGACAAUUGUUGUCCGCCGAAGAGCAAGAUCCGACGACCAUGAGCCGGCGUUUGGCGUAUGCCGAGGCACUACUUGACAUUGUCACCAACAUGGUAGAGAUCAUGUGGCAAGGGAUCUUCCGUGAUGUUGAACUUGCACUUCCUGCAAGUACAGGGGGUGGUGCACUACGUACAUAUUUACGAGAGGUGUUAAAACGAUCACAAACGGGAUGGACUACAGCACAAAUGGCGGUGCAAUACCUUUUUCAGACACAGCGUGCUAUAAGAAGACAUUUGCAACGGCAUCGUGGUGCAAGUAUCGUAUGUUGUGCAAGGCGCAUGUUUCUGGCGGCUUUAAUUGUGGCGUCCAAAUUCGUGCAGGAUAAAACCUAUCGUAACUCGGCGUGGGCAACUAUUGCGCGUCUACCGGUGCGUGAAGUUAAUCUUGCCGAACGCGUGUUCCUUGAUUUGUGUCAAUACCGCCUUUAUAUUCCUCCGCUUAUGUUUGCCGAUUUGCAUCGAGUGUUAUGUGCUCAAGUUGCCCACGCUUUACGCCAACAACCAGACACCCUUGUUUCACUGCAGGAUGUCUCCUUUGCUCAUUUAUCAAGCACCCCAUCACCUGCUCAACAACAACAUCCUUCUCCACUAUUACAACAACCUCCACCAACAACACCACCACCACCCCAACAAUGCACUUGUCGCCGCCAAUAUCAUCCACACUAUUACUAUUACAACUAUCAUCAUCCAGCAUAUUCACAUCUCCAUCGUCAUCAAAGAACUAUAAAUGACGUAGCAUCAACAUCCAUUACCAGCACAACUCCCAUUGCUGGAAGGAAAAGAAGGAAGGCUAGCGCAAUGUCAUUUACAUCCGAUUACCCACACGCUACUAGUAACCAUAGCAACAAGCGAUGUAAAUCAACGCAUUUGCCACCUCCAGAUCAAUACCAUCAUCAAACUCAUGUCCGACCACCAGCACCCACUGUUGUUCAGUUUUUGUAA